UUUAUCUGUACAUGUAGCAAAUGUAGAUUUUUGUGAUUCAAACAGACAAAAUAAAGGGAAAAAAAUCGGGACUUUUAGGUUCGCCACUUUAAAGGAAAAUAAAAUAAUCGCCAACAGAAAAUGGGAAAUACUGAAUCAGUUCCAGAUGCAUUCAGUAAUACAAAACCGGACAAUGGAAGCCAAAAAGAAGAAUGGGCUUAUCCCACACUUACCAAAACCCCUUGGAGAAAAUUUGAAAAGAAUGGAGAUUGGACUGAGCAGUAUGAAAAUAAACUCAUUGAGGACAUUCAAAACCCUGCCAUGAAAGGAGAGGUAGAGAACGUUCGCUUAUUACUCAUUGGACCAAUAAAAGCAGGAAAAUCUUCAUUUCUAAACUCUACUGCAUGUAUUGAUAAGGGACGAAUCGCACAGGUUACUGCAGCCGGUGGAGAAGGAGCAAGUAUGUCCAAAAAGUUGAAGGUUUACAGUCCUAAAGGAAAGUUGAAGAAUUUCAGGCUGUUAGAUACGAUGGGCAUUGAGAAUGCCGGUGAGGCUGGCUUCAACGUCAAAGAUCUGCUGUAUGUUAUAAAUGGAAACGUUCCUCCGGAAUACAAGUUUAAUCCUGCAUCUCCAAUUCUUGAUACGGACUCUGAUUUCAAUAAAACGCCUUUGGACACUGACAAAACACACUGUGUAGUCUUUGUGUUGGAUGCGAGUGUUGCCGGCGAAGAUAACAUAUCUGCGGCUACCAAAGCGAAGGUUGCAUCACUACAGGAUGAGCUUAAGUCGCUUGAUAUCCCUAGAAUAGUUCUUCUUACAAAAGUUGAUGUACUCUGUGAAACAGUUGCCGAAAACAUCUGCAAUGUAUAUGAAAGUGCAAAAGUGCAGAAAGCUGUAACUGUUGCAGAAAAUUUGUUCCACGUCCCGAAAAUGAAUAUAUUUCCGGUGCAAAACUACAAUGAAGACACGGAUCUAGACACUUCCAAAAACAUACUACUGCUUCUGGCGUUGAGGCAAAUGGUGAAUUUUGCAACAGAUUUUAUAAACGAGCAAUCCUAAGUGAGCGGUGAAAAGAAAAAGUAAAGUGAACUUCCGAACAUCGAUACUUCGAUCCUUUUUUAUUUUAAUGCUUUGGGUUUAAACUUUAGAUGUUUUGUUUUUAAUAUUUGUCAGUGUUUCUCUGCUGAUAACUAACAUGACAUUGUAUACAUUGUAAAGGUGGUGGCUUUUUGAUACAAAAAAGAACAGAACAGAACAAAAUUUCAUUAAAGACUUGUACAUAAUAUAUCGUCGUGCUUAAUCAACAAUAUACCGUUAUAACAUAAUGUUAAUGUACUAUUAUAUUGACCUGUCAAUUGAUUAUAUAGUCGGUGCAUAGAAUAUUUUAAUCCUCGGUUGAUUUUCGGUACAUUCCGUACAGUGUACGGAAAGUAACCUGCAAUUAAAAUGGUUUAUAUUUAAAGCGUGUAUACGGAGGUACGAAAGUUACGAUAGCUCAAUGGUCGCUGUCAAUAGCUUAAAAUCUUGAGGUUUUAAGAUCGAAACCGGGUAGGUUCUGUAUUUUUCAUAAACACUUGGUACAUGUACAUUUUUAUCCAAUAUUUCCUCCAUUGUAUUUUUGCAACUAUAUUUUUAUUUUUAUCACCUUUUUAAUUUCUAUUCUUUCAUAUUACUUUUAUUCACGGUUAAUUUCAGUAUAUUACAAAUUUUAUAAAUAUGAAUUUAAACCAGCUAUAUUCAUGAUUCAGUUUCGAUCGCUAAAAUUUCAGGACGAAACACAUUUAACCGUGAAGCCCGUAAACUUUGAUUUUCACGUGUCCCUUCGUAAUCCAAAAUAUAUAAAUCAAUAAACAACUAAAAUUGAAAAUAAAAAAAUGUUAUAGCUUAUGGACUUAUAGACUUAUGGAUUCCCCGUACACUAGACUUGUGUUUAAACCACUGAGCCACUGAUACGAAGGACAGGUACGGGUUUCACUUACAAUACUAACAAUGAUAUUUAGACACUUAACCAAAAUUUAUUUCCGGAAAACAUACGGACAGCACCGAAGCUGGGCCGAAUUUCAAAUGCACAGAGCGUAUAAUAAUGUAUGCAAAUUUGACAGGUUGAAAAAUAGCACAAUACGUUAAUUUGUUAUUUUAAAGAACUGACGUUAUUAUUCAACAAAUACUACUGUUUCAUGAAAAGGGAAGACAGUUAUGAUAUGAUAUACAUAAAUAUUUAUAAUACUUCUAUCAUCAGUUAGUCUUAGAUGUGUCGUUAAGAACAGCUGUAAUAUAACAUACAUAAAUAUUUAUAAUACUUCUAUCAACAGUUAGUCUUGAAUGUGUCGUUAAAGUUGCUAGUUGAAGAUGCAAACAUUGAUUUUAAUUCUUAGCAUUCACAAUCCUUUUUUGUAGAAAUGACAUAGGUUAACUUUGCAAGAUCCAUUAAUGAAUUCUUUUGAUUUGUAGUAAAAUGUUCAAAAAAUUUAUACAUAGAUUGUCUAUCAUGAUAGUACAUCUUAACAUAUAUUUAUGGACAUGGACAUAUUGAAAGAAAAUUAUAUUCAUUUUCAUUAUCAACAAUGUUAUAACACAAACAGUACAUUUCAUUGCUUGGUAUUCUUUCUCUUUUUUUUUGCCUUUAUUGGCCAGAUUAAAUUUUAAGACUAUAUGCAGAUAUUCUUACUCGUGUUAAAACAAAUCUGUAACU